GGCGACUAGUUGAGGGACCACCUGACAGUAAGGUUGCAAAAAAUAUUGUCUAUGUAGCUCUGCAUCAAAAACCAGGGGGUGAAGAUGUAUUCAAAGAGUACAACAACACAAAUGGUCUUUCUGAUCAUACAAGAAGGAAACUUGUCAACAUUCUGGUGGCAGAUAUGAUUGAAAGUCAUGGGAGCAUUACUAUGAUCCUCACAGUGGACAGGGCUACCUGGUCUACCGAUUGAAGACGGUUCAGCGCAACAGUGCAAGUGACACCAAAAGGGGCUCCAAAGCUACUUAUCAAGGUGGCCCAAAGACUCUACGUGAGACCUCAACAUCUGAACAGCUGUUUGGUGAUGACUGCAAAGAAGCAAUGUCCAUGAUGAAGCAUUUGGCAGACCUGGUAGUCGUCAAGGAGAAAAUGAAAGCAACAUUCAAGUAUAGACAACAAAUGCUACACAGUCCGGACCAGUCUUCACUCAUCCUAGAUCACUUCCCAAGAUUCUUGGAUAUACCUGGCUUGAUUGAUCAGGACUUCACCAUGCUCUUUGGGAAAGACCUCUCCGGCAAGUUUAUUGCAAAAUGGCCAACGUUCUACAAGCCUAGGGUCAUCACCAUCAGCAAAAGCCUUCACCAGAGUACUCAUCUGGAUGACCUCCUGUCUGCUCAGGAGGAAUCCAAUGAUUGUGGAUGGGACAGUGUCGUGGCCGCUAUUCUCCUGCUGGUUCAUCUCUUACCUCCGACGGCAAAGGGGAAAAGACACGGGAAAAUCAGUGCAUCUGAGGCUGCUGACCACGUAAUCAAGUUCAUGAAGGUGGGGACGAGCAUGGCGACUUUCCUUGGCAGAAUUGGAUCUGCACAACCCUUCCUUCUCUGCGUUGGCGAAAAGAGGAGCAGCAUCCAAAAGUUUUACAUCGUUCUGGACCAGAAGCCUAUUCCUUGUGUGGCACAGACUGCUGUGGCUGCCUUCGACGAACUGUCCUUCGACGAAGGCGCACUUCAUGUUUGCUGUGUCUUAUGAUGAGACCCUCUUCAACUUCUACACCUUCAUCCAAACAACCAUCUAUGGCAUUGAUGUGGCCACCGCAAAGGAGAGCCCAAGAGUCAAGGAAAUCAGAGUGAGAAUUAGUAACAUUUGAAUUUAAAUAUGUUAACGUGUUACAAGUGUAAGGUUCAGCACAGAAAUUGUUCUGCUCUUUUCCAGCAUUUGAAGUUUAGUCAUGCUUUGUAUCCGGGGCGCACAUUGCGUUUGAAAUGUGGGGAACAUGGUUGUCCAUCUGUUUUUUACACUUAUUCUGGGUUCAAGAAACACCUCUUGAAGGUACAUGGAGACAGUUUGGCCCGAGAUAUUGUUGAUAAUAUGGACUGUGUUGGUAUGGACAGUGUUGACAUGGACAGUUUUUGUGCCACUGAGCCUUUGCCAGGUCCAGAUUCUUCUGUUAGUCACCAAAAUCUUUUGAAAGAAAGUUCAUUUGUAGAUAUGUGUAGCUCUGUUAUCGCUCAAGUACAAGCAGCUGGAGUUGCUGAAAAUACAGUGCAAUCUUUAGCUUGUUCAAUGGAGGAGGUUGUGAAUGACGUCCAUAUUCAAGCACAGGAUGCUGUUCUUGAAUGUCUUUCGUCUGAGGUGAAUGAACAGACCUUAGACAAAGUCAAAGAAUGUUUGGAGAACUUAGAAAAUCCAUUCUCGCUUCUAAACACGGUAACAAAGAGGCAAAGACAUUUUGAAAAAAAAUGGAAAAUUGUUGAGCCAGUAGAGCAUGUUCUUGGUGUACGU